GGUUGUGGCCAAGGGAUGGCGAACGUGCGAGUAGCCGUAAGAGUCCGGCCCCUCAGCAAGAGGGAGACCAAAGAAGGGGGAAGAAUUAUUGUGGAAAUUGAUGGCAAAGUGGCAAAAAUCAGGAAUUUAAAGGUGGACAAUCGACCAGAUAGCUUUGGGGACUCCCGGGAGAAGAUUGUGGCAUUUGGCUUUGAUUACUGCUACUGGUCGGUGAACCCAGAGGACCCCCAGUAUGCAUCUCAGGAUGUGGUAAUGUCAUUUAUCAUUUUAAUUUCACUCUCCUCAGUUCUUUUUUUAAAAAAUUAUUUAAAAUGUCUAUUGUCUGUGGGCCAAAGUGGCAACAGUAAGAAAGUCAGUAUGGGCUCGACGCCUGCUUCUAUUGGAUUGACGCCCCGAAUAUGUGAGGGUCUCUUUGUCAGGGAGAAAGACUAUGCCUCACUGCCUUCCUCCUGCAGUAUAAAAGUAAGUUUCCUGGAAAUCUAUAAUGAACGGGUGCGGGAUCUAUUGAAGCAAUCAGUUCCCAAAAAGUCCUAUCAAACCCUGCGGGUCAGGGAGCAUCCAGAGAUGGGGCCAUAUGUACAAGGUUUAUCUCAACAUAUAGUUACCAACUAUAAGCAAGUAAUCCAACUCUUGGAGGAGGGAAUUGCAAACAGAAUCACAGCAGCCACCCAUGUUCAUGAGGCCAGCAGCAGAUCUCAUGCCAUCUUCACUAUCCACUACACACAGGUUAGUUAUCCCUUUGAAAGAGCAGAUCCCAGUUACUGUAAGGACCGGAUUACUGAAGGAGCCAAUAUCAAUAAGUCCCUUGUGACCCUGGGAAUUGUCAUCUCUACUUUAGCCCAGAACUCCCAAGUACUCAGCAGCUGCCUGAGCCUCAACAGCUCAGCCAGCAAUGGUGGUGACAGUGGGAUCCCUACCUCUACUUCCGGGACCAGCAAUGAAGGCGCACCCUCCCGGAGGCAGUCUUACAUCCCGUACCGAGACUCUGUGUUGACCUGGCUGCUGAAGGACAGUCUUGGAGGCAACUCCAAAACCAUCAUGAUUGCCACCGUGUCUCCUGCACACACUAGCUACAACGAGACUAUGAGCACGCUGAGAUAUGCCUCCAAUGCCAAAAACAUUAUCAACAAGCCACGGGUAAAUGAGGACGCUAAUGUAAAGCUGAUCAGAGAACUCAGAGAAGAGAUCGAAAGACUGAAAGCCAUGCUUCUGAGCUUCGAACUGAGGAGCUUCAGUUCACUGAAUGAUGGAAAGGAUGAAGAUCUGAAGGAGCUGGUUUUCCAAAAUGAACUGAAGGUAGACCAAAUGACUAAAGACUGGACCCAGAAGUGGAACAAUUGGCAGGCCCUCCUGGAGCAUUACAGCGUGGAUAUCAACAGGAAGAAGGCUGGGGUGGUCAUUGACUCCAGCCUGCCACACCUGAUGGCCUUGGAGGACGAUGUGCUCAGCACAGGUGUUGUGCUCUAUCACCUCAAGGAGGGAACAACAAAAAUAGGAAGAAGUGACUCAGACCAGGAACAGGACAUUGUCCUGCAGGGUCAGUGGAUUGAAAGAGACCAUUGCACUAUCACCAGUGCCUGUGGGGUAGUCGUCCUCCGGCCUGCGCGGGGGGCUCGCUGCACAGUCAACGGCAGGGAAGUCACAGACUCCUGCCGUCUGACCCAAGGAGCCGUAAUAACUCUGGGGAAAGCACAGAAGUUCCGAUUCAGCCACCCAGCAGAGGCUGCCAUCUUGCGGCGGCGAAAGCAGGUAGGAGAGGUUGCUGGUGGCAGUGGCUCUUUGGAAUGGCUGGACUUAGAUGGAGAUGUCACUGCAUCUCGUCUGGGUCUCUACCCUUUGCUUUGGAAGGGAAGGAGAGUGCUUGAAAAGCAGUGUGACAAGGACCUUCAGCUGCCAAGGGAUGCAGAGAUGUCCCACAGGGCCUGGGUUCAGCAGCAGCAGUGCUCUGUGAAGGAUUUGAGGCCACAAAUCCUAGCAGGACAGAUUGGAGUUGAGAAGGAAUUAGAGUUUGACCAGACUUCUCUCAGCCAGCAGACUACAGAAAACCAGCAGUGGCUGCUCAGAGAAGACACUUGGCCAGCCAGUUCACAGCAGCAGCAAGAAGACAACUAUGUAGCAGAGAAAGAAGCUGAGGCAUUUGUUCCACUUGAUCCCCUGCAUCAGACAGAUCCUGAGACUCAGCCAUUCCCACCCACCUAAAGCCCAGAGAGGGCAGACGCAUUUGGAUACAUUCUUCAAGCAGCAGGGUGGAAUGUCUGGUGAAAAAAUGCCUCCCUCCAGCUAGAGAGAAUCAUCUAGAAGCAGAGAUUGCUGGGAGCCCAGAAGGGACCGCAGCAGUUCAGGGCACAGUCCUGCUUGCUGCAGGACAAGCACACCCACAAGUCCCCACUCCGGGACCCCCGUGAAGGCCGGGUUCCAGAGCCUCGGUGUGGAGGCGGAUGGGCAUGCUGCAGUCCUUUGAGCCUCCAAAGGCUCUGCAGCCAGCACGUGCCCCAGCUCCACAGAGUUUCCCUGAAUUUGGAUCUGUCCACCAUGUUACCACCUGUGCCUGACCCCACUCACCAGAUAUCGGAGCAAACAUCAUCUGAAGAGCACUUGCCACAGGGUGCUUCUUACUGUCCAAGGAUAGGGCGUCUCCGCAGGAAUGGUCUCCAUUCCUCAGGCCCAGGAAAGCCUUUCACAGCCAGACGAGCCUCGGCCAGGAGGGGAGCCUCAGCUCUAGGCACCCGCCUCACUGUGAGCCCCAAGUCUGUCAGCAUCCAGGAAAUGAGUCGAAUGGGUAAGCAGCUCCGUCAGAAGGUGUCCCAGAGCUUAGCAUCUCUGAGCCAAACAGCUAACAAGCUAAAGUCAAGGGGCGGGCCCCAAACCCUCACCCCUGCCAUCCAGAUCAGAAGGGCUAAGGGACCAACAACCUCUUAUAUUUCCCUGUGUUCUGAAGGACCCAAGCAGCCAGCUGUGCAUAGAAAGACAAUGAAGACUUUUCGGGGAGAAUAUAAACCACCUUCUGCAAGCAGGCCAUCGAAAAGGUGCCAUAAGGUAUUGGCAGCCAGGGUCAGAGACAUUGCCAAAAAGUCCUCUUAUCUGCCUCAUGGCAGUCCCUUGAAGAGACAGCUCAAUGCAGGGGACCUAGACACCAUGGCCCCACUCAGAGAUUCCAACUCACAAGUGUUCCAUGCAAGAGAAAAAGACAAUGACUCCUCUGAUACAGAUAUUAAUUACUCUGUGAGUUCUCUUUCUUGUGUCUAUGCCAGAGCCCUGGUGGAGCCCCCAAAGCUAGAGGACCCUCAGGGGAAGAAGUGGAAUCUUCCAGAGCCAGACGAUUCUGAAAGCGAUGACAGCCAAAUAUCUGAGGACUCACUGGCUGAAAAGGAGUACCACAGCCCCAACGACCGCUCAGGGGCCAGCCAUCACACCAACAGCCAUGGCCACUGCAGGACCAGAACUAGAACCUCUGUGGGAGGCUUCGCUGUGCCCUCAAACAGUGUCUUACUUGCUCAAGCUCACAGGAGCUUUCCCUUGGAGGGACUGAUCAAGGCUGGGAAGGAAGUAGGGAAAGGUGAACGAGAAGAGCCUUCUCUUGGCUCAGCUGAUGAGAUGCCCACAGAGACUUUCUGGCACCUACAAGACUCUCGUCUGCCUCCAGUGAGCCAGGAGGCAGUGCACAGCCUUGAUACCAUCAACCACAGGACAGGAGCAAGGCCAGAUACCGUCCUGCCAGGGAGCAAGUCAUCUUGCCUUGAUCCCCGGUUCCAGCCCCGUUAUGAACAGUCUCAGUCCGAGGCGGAGGUGAGCUACUCUGAACAAACCAACCCUCUCCGAGGCAUGCAGCUUUCAGUAGAGAGCCCACUGAUGUCCAUGGAUUCCUGGUUUUCCUGUGACUCUAAGACCAACCCCAGCAGCCCCCUAGGAAUGGUAGGUUCUUUAUAUCCAAGUACUGAUGUGCAGGAAUUUCAGCCCUGUGAUGAUGAGAGGCCUGGAUACUGGCUAAAUAUUGAAGAACUAAAGUCAUCAGGUGCCAAAACAGUCCUGUCAAAUAGCUCUCAACUGCCCCAGGGCAGGACUGAGCACCCCUGGAGUGUAGAAGAUGAGUACACAACCUCUGCUUUUGGUGCAUCCAAGCUAUCCAUCUGGGGAGCUCAGAGGCUUCUUCAAUCAGGAGCUAAUGGCCCCUUUCUGGGCAGAAGUCUCCCUGACAUGUCCCAGCAGGGCAGCUCUGAAGUGUCUCACGGUUCCAGUGUGUCAGGUGCGCCAGCUGCCUCUGCCACCUCAUUCAAUCAUAGAGGCAGCACCCAGGAAAGGGAUUGGGCCACCCUUCAGCAAAAGUAUCUCCUUGAACUCUCAGUUUUGGAGCCUACAGAAAAGUUUAGUCCUGCUUUCCGCUGCCCUGAGGGAGACUCUGGUUCCCUGACUCAAGCUUCUGGCAAAGGACGAGAUACUAUAUUGCCAGUUGGUCCCAGGGUAGCUAGCAGUCUGGAUUUUAAUAAUUUUCCCAUCCCUGUAUCCAAAACCAGGCGUAUGAGAGCAGAGAAAGAUCAGAACAGUUUAAAGGCCAAAUUAGAAGGUCCUUCAGAUUUCUUUAACCCUAGUGAGAAGGAGGUGAGUUAUAAUGAAACUUACUCAGCAGACUUAGAAUCGUCUUCUUCUGUACCAAUAAAUGCACAAGUCUUUCCAGAAAAGAACAACAUAGCACAUUCCGUGAUAGAAGCACAUAAACCCACACAGAGCAACUUGGAAGAAUGCUUUCAGGGUGGCAGGAAACCGAGACUUAGGACUUCCUCUGACGAGUAUUUUUUCCAGAAGAGCACUUGUCACAAAAAUGUUGUCAUAGCCACCAAAGUAGACCAUCCAUCCCAAGACUGGGCUCCUCUCAGGAAAAAUACUAUAAUCCAGCCAGGGCAAUUAAGACCUAACAGCCAUUGUCCCCUACAGGAGGAGAAGGCAGAUUGGCAAGAGAGCAAUAGGAAAGUAGCAGAGAGAUGCACGGAUGGUUCCUUUGCCUUUCUAUCAGAUGCAGAGCUAUCCCUCCACUCUGCUUCCUGGAAUCCACUCCAGUCUUCUCUGCAGCCUCCUGCCUUGGAAACAUUCUAUGUGACCAAAAGCAGGGAUGCCCUGACAGAAACUGCUUUAGAGAUUCCGGCUUACAGAGAAGCAAAGCCACCUUCCCCACCCCCUAGGGAAGCCUGGGGCAUCGGUCACCUCCAAAAUGCUUAUUUGAAGAAGAAUUUUCCAGUACUGUUACAAAACCAGAAGCCCACAGUUGCCUCGUCUCAGCAGGUCACAGCAGAGAGGCCAGUGGAUACAAACCCCAGGGAAGUUAUCCAAGAAUUAGGGAAAUGUCCUGGAAAUACUAAAGAAGAAAGCGGUAAUUCAGUUUAUUUUUUUGUUGCUCAGAACAGACAUCUUCCCCCCUCUGGUGGCCCAAAAGUAUGUGAAUUUGAAAAUCAAGUUGGCAUGCUGAAUAUGAAACAUGGUCUUGAAGCGCUUGAGGGAGAAGAGUCCUCUUCCUCAGACCAUUCCAGGUAUGGGAAGCCUUUCCUCCUCACUUGUGAAUCUGAGGCAGGUGUGGAAGAAGAACAGGAUCAGAGUACAGUUCUAAGGCAGACCCAGGCCCAUGACAGAAAGAGACAGUUCCCCUCUAGGGCCAGGUCUGAUUUCACCUGUAGGACCCUCAAUUUAGGCUUUGAGAAGGAUGCGCCAGCGGAAACUGCUGUUUCUUUGAAGUCUCGAUCAGUACAUCAUAGAGUAAGCAGCCCAGUGACAGUGGCCCAGGGUAGGAGUCCAACACCAAAGUGGAAAGGGGAGCAUGAAACUGGGCUGCUUGGAAAAGCUCUUCACCCCAAAGAUUGCUCAGAAGAGUUUAAGCUUCCACAGACAGAGACUAUACAUGGAAAACUUCAAUUAGUUACAUGCUUUCAGGAAAGAAACUCCAAUGAGCACAAGGGCUCUGGAAGGUUGCAAGAAAUGUUAAACCCCAGACAAGAACCUUCUGGGAAGAAACAGAAUAAAAAGGCUAAUAAUUCUGACGAAAUGGCUAGACUGAUUAGGAGUAUAAUGCAGCUGGAAAAUGACAUCUUAGAAAUGGAAUCUACAAAGAAUAAGAAGCUUCAUGCUGCUCAUACACCAGCGGUCAAUAAGGAGUUUAUGUUCCAGAGCCAGAAGGGUCAGCAGAAGGCUGACCAUGUCCUUAGGCCAGCCAGCCCUGGAAACUGUCUGUCCUUUGAGGAUCAGCUAUCUUCUCCCAAAGAGACUGAUGAUGUUAUCUGUAGAGAUGGUAAAGCGAGAGAGGCGGAGGUUUGCAUUAGCACUGGGAGCGAUCCCCAGGUCCGAGAAAUCACCUUAAGCCUGCAGAUGUCAAGGGAAUGUGUACAAGAGAGGAACUCUGUGAGCGGGCACACCCACUUGGCAGAAUUAGCCCAGGACGUGUGUGAUUCUUUAGGGACACGCACAGCUCACAGAGAGCCCACCAACACUUUUCUUCACCCAAAGAGGAGGAGGAGGAAAUCAUUGGCUAAAGCUCAGCCUUUGCAGCCCAGGCCUGAAAGGUCUUCUGAGAAUGACAGUGAGUUGGGAAAAGCAUUAGCAAGCCUCAAAGGGCAGCCUUGGGGCUUAGGAAGUCUUGAGGAAUUGGAGACCAUGAAAAGUUUUCAGGAAAGCCAAAUUGCUAAAUACUUAAGUAGUUCCAAGCAAGAGGAACCAACAGCUCAAGGCAGAGUUGAAAUGGCUGUGCAAAUGGGUGGGGGCCUACAGGAGAAAAAUAAAAUGAUGCCAUUGACUCAGGAAUUUUCUAGUCCAAGUAACCUUUAUUUGGGCACAUUUUUUAGCCAGGAUACUAUUGGCCCAUUGCCGAGCCAGAAAAAUCCCUCUACAGCUCCUUUUUACCAAGACCUGAAUCAUCCAAACCUGCCCAGCAGCUGUCUCCAUGUGUCUGAUGCUAUAGACAUCUCCUCAGUCGACUUUGUGCUGGAUCCCGCAAUGUUGAAGAUUCCUAAGAGCCCCUGGGUAGCUAAAGCAGAGCCUCAGGAACAAAGCAGGAAGUCCAGAAGCCACAGUCCUCAGGGAGAGGUUAGAGAGGGCACUUUUGUGGCACACACUGCUCUCUGUGAAUCUGUGAUAUCCAUGGCCCCGGGAGCUCAUCAUUCUGAGGCACCAGAGAGCAUUGUGGCCAGGCUAUCAGUGAGCACCAGCCCCCAAGACCAAGGAGGGGACCACAGAAUCACCUCUAUGGGCUUGAGUACCAAGGAAGGUUUACCUUCUGAAGCUGAAGUAGCUGUACAAAAAGAAAUACGAGCCAAUUCCCUGAGCAGGAUUAGCCAGCUUGAAAAGAGGGUCAGCUUCUCCUUACAAGAGGAUGAUGAUCAAGGUACUGUGGCAAAGCAGAAGGCAGAGGAGGAGGCUCAGGCUUUCUUAGCACCUGUUUCCCUGCCAAGGGUACCACACCCAGAGCCCAGGCUGUUGGAGCCUUCUGUCUACGCAUCCAUGUGCCUGGCUAUCUUGGAGGAUAUUAGACAGUUAAAGGCCCAGGGAAAGCAGCUUAAUGACCUUGUGGCCGGGGGGACAGUCUUUCCCUACUAUGAAACUUUACUGGAAUGUUCUUCAAGGGCUGCUGGCAGGCAUCAGUAUAAACAAAUGGACCAGUCAGUGUCAGACAGUACCGGGAAUGAGGGCAAAGCACAGGAGUCUGAUGGGGCAUCUGUAUCUGCUGAACCAGGACAUCUGUCAGUUGAUAAGAGUAAAGUCCAGACCUCACUGCUCUCUGCAGACAGCUUUCAGCCUCCAUCCAACACUGAAGCUGACAGAGGGCCAUGGUGUCCCAUGCAAGCUUCUUCCCAUGUUGCCUCUGCUCUGGGUGAAAGACAUUGUCCUGGAGAACUGAAACAUGUCCUGGGAGCUUAUGAACAGCUCAUACGCCAUUCUAGUUCUUCUGUAAUCACAGAGAAAAAGAAAGAAGCAACCAGAACAUUUUCCUUUGUGGAUCCCAUAGACUGCAACAGCCUUCUUUCUUCAGCAGCUGUGGAGGGGGACAGGAAGAUAACACCAGAGAAAGGAGUGGCUGCCUUAUCUUCUCAGACCCCUUUUGAUGAUGCUGGGGUGAUUAUGGGUGGGCAAAGUAAGUCAGCUCCCUGGGAGAUUACAGAGGAUAUGCCCCCUGCCAGUAGGGCCAGCAGGCCAGAGCACCAGGAGCCUAGAACUCAGGACACCACAUAUAGAGUAGGUUCAGGUAACUUAGUGAUGGUGCAGGGAGAAAAAGCAGCCCAACUUGAAAGUCAGACUGUGAUCUGUGAUGCUCAGAAUUCUGCAAGUCUCUUUUCUAAGCAAGACCACAUCCAAAGCCUUGAGGCUUUCAUUGGCUUAGAAGAAGGGUGGGCAAGUCCCCAGCAGGGUAUUGUUCUGCCUGGAGCCAUGAGAAAGGUUAAACUGGGAGCUCCAGCACAGCAGCAUGUGGAGUGCAAGGGAAGGAUUGUGUCUGAGCUGACUGAAGCCUACAGGGCUUGCAACAAACAUCCUGGGCCAACUUCAUUGCCAGAUCAAAUACCUAGCCCAGAUCCUGGGGCAGUGAGGGAGGAAGGCCCUUGCAGAUACGGAAAGGAAAUUUUAGAUUGCCUCCUCUUCUCAGGGAACACUGAAGGUAACAGGACUCUCAGGCCACUGAGAGGAGAAGGGAGCGGAAUUGUUCCGUACUGUCAGUCCUGGCAUUCUCAGCCUACUGCUACUCCUGCCUGUCCCUCCCAUUCUUCCACUUUACUGUGUUAUAGAGAAGGUGACCUGGGGAAGGAGACUUUAAAGUCUGCCCACACUGUCCACCCACCCUGUGUAGUACCUUCUGAGGGCUGUGAGUUGGAUGAGAGAAGAGAGAGCUCUUUUAGGGGACCUGACAUGCUCUUGACACAUGGACUUGAGCUCCAAGACCUUAAUAUGGAAGUUAGGCCAGCAGAAAACAGCACUCUAGAACCCUCCACUGUGGCUGCUAUCCUAUCUCCAGCUCAAGGUUGCAACUCCCCAUCUGCCUCUGAUGUGAAGACAAGUUCUUCCAGCCACUCAGCUGCUGACAGAAGUUCAGUAGGGGUUCCUGAAAACAAGAUGGCCGAGAAGAAAGCCACUGAAGACCCUAAGUUUGCCUCUUUCCCCACAGGCAUGUACUCUGAGUCACUGAGGCACUUUCAGGGCAGCUCUAUAGGUGGCCAGGAUGUACAGGUGUCUCAAACCAAGGCAGACCCACCUGCAACAAUUCAGGAACCACAUAUCCUGAAUUUAAGCGAAAGGCCUACUAAGAGCGAGCUGACAGUAGAGUCACAGCUUGGAUUUUUCAAAAAUACCAUCAGAUGCCUUUCAGAAAACACCCAGUUUUCCACAAAGUCCAAGUCUAUAGCAUGCUUGAAACAUGUCUCCAGUCCCCCAGAUGACAAUCUCUGGGAGGAGGAAGAGCAGCAGAGAGACCAGGCUGCAGAUGCCCAGGGCAAAAAUACCCCACCUUCCAGUGAGGGUGGCUUGGAUGGCUGUGAGAUUACAGAAGCUGGGAAAGAAGUGGCCGUGGCCAAGCUCUUCUCAUUGAGUUUUGAAGACUCAGCUGCUGUGCCCUUGGAACAAAGAGAAAUAGCACAGUCUGUCACCCAGAGGCCCGACCAGCCCCACCACAGGUACUCACUUCCUAUGAUCGCUAUCUUCUCUGGCCCCCAACACUCCGAGUCCUCCCCUAGACCACAGUUGCCUGUGUUUAGCGCUUCUCCAUCUCUUCGGGAGUUGAACUUGAAUGUGAAGCCUCCCUCCUCUAUAGACCAGGAUAUACCAGGGCCUGAGAGACAGUGGUACCCACCCCUCAAGGGCUUUCCCUCAGGAAAGUCGGUGAUAAGAGUAUCUAUGAAGGCUACAGACAGCGAUGAGAAAGCCUCAUCUACUGUGGGUGAUGGCACUGCUGAUGACAGGCCCGUAAAACCCACCACCCCUCCUUACCCAACAUCUUCCACUGCCUCAUGCAUGCCAACCCCUGCUUUCGUGACCAGCUGGAUGUCUGGUGCUUUAGAUCAGGUUCAGCAGGGACAGCCAGAGAGACUGGGUGUCCAGGUCAGGCCAGACAAUUGGGAUUCUCAGCUGGGCAAAGGAAUUUUGCACUUUGGCUCCAAUAAUAUCAAUCCCUAUAUCCCACCGUGGUAUCCAGAGGGGCCUGCAUAUAUUGGCUGGAAGCAGUACGUGUUUGGCAGUGCUAGUAGUGCCCUCGAUGUCUCCUGUAGCCAGAAACCCUGCGACCUGACACCAUCAAAUGUGGCCGAGUGCUCCAACAUGGACAACGGUCUAGAAGACCAGAACUCACCAUUCCUCUCACCACUCAGCACUCAUGUCAAUUCUCAGGACUUGGCAAGCACCUACAGCAGCAUUGAGAAUAGCCAAGCUUCAAAUGAAGCCCAGGAAAUAUGGAGGCCCUCCUUUGUCAUAGGGCUUCCCCCUGUCCUGACCAGGCCUGAAGGAGCAGCCCCCACUUCAGGUCCUGAUAGGCCCCAGUUCAAGGGCCCCACUGUUGAGACAGGCUGUCUGAGGAGUAAGUCUCCCUUGGUUGAGGGAAGUGCUACAAGUCUGGUGAAGGAGAUUGUGCCACUGUGCCUGUCAGAAACAGGCUGCCCCAAGGGACAGGUCAGAAUGAGCACAUUUGAGAAGGGCACACAGACCCUCGGUUGUAGUCUCCGCUGGAGCUGCACCGACAUCUCUGCCCCGUCUGAAGCCAGUGUAAUGUCCACCCCUGAGCUGGCCUCGUGUGCCAGCAUGCAGAACCUGUCCCUCCACCUCUCCCAGCUCCUGCACAGUACCUCUGAGUUGCUUGGGAGUCUCUCCAAGCCCAGUGUGGACAGAAAGGAGCAGAACACCAAAAGAAAUACCCCCAAUGAGGCCCCACAGACCCUUCUGAUGAUGGACAGCUUUACUCAGACCACAGUGGAUGAGGGCAGCCAGACUGACCUGAUCUUACCUCUAUGCUACCAGGCCUCAGAGGCCAAACCUCAGGAAACUGAUAGGAUCCUUAAGGUGCCGAGCUCAGAUACCUCAACCAUGUCUCAAGAAAAGGGAGAUGUUGCUCAGAAGAAAGAAGAGGCAGAGGAAACAGCAUGGAAAAUGGCACAGCCCCCAGAUCUCCAGGAGGAAAGCACUCACUGCAGAUCCCAGAGCCCUCCAAUACUCUCAGCCCUGCUACAGUUUCAAAAAGACCCUAUUGGGCAGAGUCUUCCUUCUGCAAGCCCAGCAGUUUCUGAUGCUUUUCUGCUUCCCAUCUCCCAGCCAGAAGAAUCCUGUUCCGUGGUUGCCAGCAACUCUAGCCUCAGCACCUCUCACUGCCCAGGGCUCUUCCUCAAUACUUCACAGGCCCUCGGGGAGCCCAGGGAACAGAAGGAGCUGGACUCCACAAAUGCCUUGUUGGUGGACAGGGCCUCCUCCCCCAUCCUUGCUCUUUGUCCAAGCACCCAAGAGUCAGGUCUGCCCCCAGGCUCUUUGACUCCCUCAGCUCCCCCUCUUGAAGGUCACCAGAAGCUUGAUUCCUGCCCUGAUCCUCCUCUUGGUACCUUGGAGCCUCUAAUGGAUAAUUAUUCCCAAACCAUUGAGUCAGAUGGUUCCCAGACAGCCGAGAAGCUGGGUGGAGAGGGUAGAAGUCCCUUAGAGAGGAGUGUUGUGAGGUCCUUUCUUGAGUUACGCUCCACACACAGCCCACAGCAGAGCCCAGAUCUCCAAGUUAAUUUCAUAGAGCAGCCCUCUCAGCAGCGUGAGCUCAGCACCACUACUGAGGUCCGAAGCAGACUGCUACCUCUACCGUGGCCACAGAGGAGCCAGAGGCUGGCUGACGGCCUGGUGCCUGAAGAGGAGGUUUCCCCAGAGGUUGGCCCACUGAGCAGUAAGGGGCCAAGUCGAUGGCAAAGCAAAUCAGAAAAUGCAGGUGAGAGCUCAGUCUCUCCAGGGGAGCCUCAGCCUUCUCUGGACCUUUUCUCUUCAUGGAGAGGCCUCCAACACUUCAGCCCCUGCCCUGUCUCUGAGCUGACUGAUAAUACAAGGCUCCAGGGUCCUGCCUUGAGCCUCCCUCAGGCCUGCCAACCUGAGGGGCUGCUGUGCCCCAGUUCCCAGAUGUGCAUGACCCCUGACCCACAGCAUCACAAUCUGAGGGACCUCCCAGUGCAUAAUAAAUUUAGGAACUGGCAUGGGGUUCAGGAUGGCUCUUCUGGGAGCCUGGGUGUGACUGAAGAGCUGGGGGCCAGCUGUGAUCUCAGCGAGGGAGAGCAGGGACAGAGUACCCCACAUCCUCUUGAAGGCCAGAGCCAGGGUCCUGAGUGGUCCCAAAGGGAGCAGAUUCCCCUGCAAGUUGGGACACAGAAUCUCUCACUCAGCAUGGAACUCACAGAAGCCAAACUGCACCGUGGCUUUGGGGAGUCAGACGCCCUGCUGCAGGUACUACAGAGUGGGGCCGGGGAGGCACUUGCUCCCGACAAACCUGCGCUGUCCACCUGGGAGGAGCUCCAUGCCCGGCAAAAAACCACCAUUGAGAACCUCAGGAGAGAGAGGGCUGAGCGACUCCAGAACUUCCAUCGGACACGGAGCUUAAGCCCCCAGAAACAACUGACCCUCCUGCCCAAUAGGGAUUUCCCCAUCCAGGACCUUGACUUUCCCAGCAGGCGCCGAGAAUACCUGCAGCAACUGAGGAAAGAUGUCGUGGAGACCACCAGGAGCCCAGAGUCAGUGUCCCGACCUGUGCACUCACCCUUGGACAUAGAGCUGAUGCUGCAAGACUACCAGCGGGCGCGUGAGGAGGCCAAGGCAGAGAUUGCCCGGGCCCGGGACCAACUGCGGGAGCGGGUAGAACAAGAGAAGCUGAGGAUCCGCCAGCAGAUCACUUCCCAGCUGUUGAGGGAGGAAGAAAAACUCCACAGCCUGGCUAACUCCAGCUCCCUGUGCACCAGCUCCAAUGGAAGCCUCUCGUCUGGUGUGACCUCUGGCUACAACAGUAGCCCAGCCUUGUCAGGCCAGCUCCAGUCCCCAGAAAACGUGGUGUCCUUUGUUCUGCAGGAGUACCUGAGCUUGGUUGAUUCCAAGGACACCUGGAUAGAGGAUGGGCAGGGGCUCUCUACAGUGAGCAACAGUCACCUGAACCUGGCCUGGUCAGCCCAGAAGAGCUCAGCCUACAGCCGCAGGGUCUCCCUGGGGAGCUGCUGCUGCUCUCCAAUCAGCCAGUCCAGCUUGGGGACCUCCUAUACCUCCUAUCAGGAUCUGGCCAAGCACAUCGUGGACACGUCUAUGGCUGAUGUAAUGGCUGCUUGUUCAGAUAAUCUGCACAACCUCUUCAGCGGCCAGGCAGCUGCUGGCUGGAACCAUCAGGGCGAGGAGCAGGCGGUACAACUUUACUUCAAAGUGUUUUCUUCUACUCGGCAUGGUUUCCUGGGGGCAGGCGUGGUGUCCCAACCACUGUCUCAUGUGUGGGCAGCUGUGAGUGACCCUACGCUGUGGCCCUUGUAUCACAAGCCCAUCCAGACAGUACGGCUAUAUCAGCGAGUGACCAACAACAUCAACCUGGUGUACCUGCUGUGCAAUACCACUCUCUGUGCGCUGAAGCAGCCCCGGGACUUCUGCUGUGUCUGUGUGGAAGCCAAAGAGGGGCCCUUAUCUAUUAUGGCUGCCCAGUCUGUGUAUGACACAUCCAUGCCAAGACCCAGCCAGAAAGUGGUCCGAGGAGAGAUCCUGCCCAGUGCCUGGAUCUUGCAGCCUGUCACCAUGGAGGGGAAGGAAAGCACCAGAGUCAUCUACUUGGCCCAGGUAGAACUUGGUGCUCCAGGCUUUCCACCUCAGCUCCUAAGCUCCUUUAUCAAACAGCAGCCACUGGUGAUUGCCAGACUAGCUUCCUUCCUUGGCAGUUAGCAUCUCACCGUCAAGAUGACGCUACUGAGACACAGGCCCAAGAUGCUCCAGAGACACUGUGGCAGCUCUGUGUCACCUUCUGUACCCUGAUGCAAGAACAGCCAAGGCUGUGGCCAAUUGGGCAGACAGCACUGGCCCAGG